AUGAAACUGUUGUUUCUGAUAUUCCGAGAUUCUGAGUUUUUUGAAAUCUAUGGGGAUGGAAGAAUGGAGAAAUAUGAAAUGUGGAACAAAGUAUUCGGAUAUUCUGGAAUUGUUUUCUACACUUUAGUUGCUCAAUUCUUAUUAUGGUGGAUCAAUUGGGAUUUGGAGGUGGGAAUUGUCAUCACUGCAUUCCAUCACCUCUUAUCAAUGGUAUCAUCCUGGUUGUUCAUUUUCCAAGUCAAUCAAAAAUAUGCGUGUGCAAGCAGCAGAUUUGUGGAUUUUGUUACUCCAGUUUUGAUUAUGCUUUCGGCUGUUCCAGCAGGCAUCUUGUCAAGCAGUGCAGCAGUUUGGAUGGCUCAUAGUUACUUCAGCAUCUACCUGUUCGUCUUCCUUUUUGAUAUACGAGCUAUCAUCAACGAUAAUCUUCUCUAUAUCAGUGAUAAAGACCAAAUUUUCAAAAAAGAAGAGGAGAAGACUAAACACCCCAAGAAGACUUUUUUGAAUAAGAAAAACGUGUUUGUAUUGUCUCCAAAUACCUUGUAUAAGAAAUUGUGA